AUGGCGGGCUACAGCUAUCUUGACAAGGGGCCUCGCCUUUUCGGACAGCUUCCAUUCUUUGUCAGCCAAGCUGUCAAGCUGUCAGAAAAGGACGGAAGAUGCGUGCGUGCGCAUUGCGUUGGUCCCGUUACGCAGUUAGCGCUUUGGCAGCCAGCCGCACACGCAUCCGUGAUGCUCUUGUUCUUAUGGCUCGGGUUCGCGUGCGCGUGGCUGGAGACCCGGAGCGACAGCGAGGGAGACUUCUACAAGUUUUUGUACCAUUUCCCAGCCGCUAUUGCCUGCGCUGUCCUACUGGCUUGCGAGGUGCAUAUCGCAAAGUACUCGAGCACCUGGUUCCGGGACAAGUCCGCCAGGCAGGGCCGGGGCGCGUGGGCGUGCCCGCCCGUGGUCGUGCUCCUCUGGCUCUCCCGCGUGUGCUCUGCUGGCGGGUCCGCCGGCGCCGAGCGCAGCGGGGCGGACGAGGAGGCGCUGUCCACCGCGACGUCAGAAGUGCUGUCCGGGUCCGAGUGCCUCUCCGAUGCGCAGACGUCCAUCAUCAUCGAGCGCGCCCAGCACAUCUCGCUCCAGAGGAGGAGGCGGAGGGCGGCGGGAGGCCGGAGUCGGCCGGAGGAAGAGGUGGAAGUUCAGUCGGUGGAGGUUCAGUCGGCCCAUGUGGACGAAGAAGUGGCCCAGCUGGGCGGGGAGGUCGAGGUUCAGCGGAUCAGUAGGCAGGUCAGGCUCGUCCGAGGUGUUGACUCCCGCAUCUGA